GAUACGUUCAUUCAAUGUCAUAUGUUUGGCCAUGUAGGGUCCAGUUGAUGUAUUGUGUGUAUACGAUUAGUGAUGUCCACAACAAUGGUCACUUGGAGCCGGAUCAGUGCGGGCUGCGCGAAGAGUUUGCUGUUGGUAUUAAAUGGAUUGGUCAUAUUGGUGGCGCUAGGCGUUUUCGGGUUCGCUGUUGUCGAUACCAGGUUAUUAAAGCAGUAUGGUGAUGAACACGCAUCGGGCACCUUUGUUGGUGAUGUGAUCAUCAUUGUGGCGAGCCUUAUACUUGUCGCCAUAGCUGUGUUUGGGUGUGUGGGUGUAAUCAGGAGCAAUGUUAAGAUACUUUACUUGUAUGUUGGGUUUCUAUUAAUUAUAAUGAUAUUGGAGUUGUUGAUAUUGAUAUUUGUAGCUGUCCAACGAUAUGGGUUGGAGUUUAAAGUAACAGAGUUUAUAAGGGAAGACUUCUACCGGAACGUAACGGCUGAUGAGAAGGAGUUACACGAGAAACACUGGGAUGAUUUGCAGAGCACGUAUGAAUGCUGCGGUCUGAACGGGCCUGAGGAUUACGCAGCGAUCAAACAACCGAUCAGCAUGUCGUGUUGCCCGCGCGCCUACCGUGCCAGAGCUGCGUAUGCGCAGCAACAAUUGUAUAAGGCGUGCGUUGAUUCGACCAGUUACUACAGCGAGGGUUGUGAAGACGAGAUAUUGAAUUUAAUGCGUUCAGACGCUGAUUGGUUGCUCGGUGCCGCAGUACUCAGCAUUUGGUUCGAGGCGGCGAGUAUGUUGCUUGCCAUGCUGAUCGCCAACCACACGAAGAAUAGCGUCCAGGUGUACCGAGACACUGUCAAAUAUUAAUAUCAUUAAUUAUUUGUGUAAUAAAUAGACUUACAUUAUAUAGAUAGAGAGUCGAGCCUCAGAAACUGGUCAACAUUUUGUCAGCUAAUUGUCAAAUUAGCUAACUCGUUGUUUUUAUCAGUAUUUUGUAUAUUUACGUAUAAAAUGUAUCUUGACGUAUUAUUUGAUAAAUAAAAUGAGUGUUUACGCAUUAAAAAGGUGCAGAAUUUAUAAGACAAAAUAAAUAUAGAAGUUUUAAGGGAAUCACUCAUAACUAUUCAUCACGCAAAAUUGUAUGAAAAUGUUGACCCGUUUUUCUUGAAGCAUUUGUAUGGAGACACUCUAUCUAUAUAAUCUAAAUAAGUAACAUAGCCUGAAGGAUAAGCAAGUUAUAUACAAUUUUUGUACCAAGUGGCUACCAAGCAUACGGCCUGUCUGAUAGUAAACAGUUACCGUAGCUACUUAUAUAGUAACAUUAUGGAUGUGAGGCGCGCGUUACACUAGGAAAAAACCUUACUACGCUCUCUGUGAAGAGUCCCGUACUGUAGUCUCUAAACUAUAACCUGUUCACGAAAGGAAAUAUAUAUAUUUAUAUAUAAUCUAAGUAUAUAUUAGUGUAAUGUAUACAUUGGGGUCGACUCUGAAAGCUAUUUCUCUAAAUCUUUAAAUUUCAUAGAGAUUUUUUUACUGUGAGAAUUAAUAUGAACUAAAUUUCUAAUACUAGAUUUAAGUAAAAAAUAAUAUAAUUUUAGCUGAUGAUGGCCCAAAAAAUAGUUAUUAUAUUAUAUCAGUCGUUAAAUGUCCACAUAGGUCUCCCCCAAAAGGGGGGUUUGCCAGUAAUUGCCACGUUUGGUAAGCGAAUUGGCUAUCGCAGUUAGGCUUUGCUAAUGUUUUAUCAGGGACGUUGUUACCCAUCUCUGGCCCAUUAAGCUCCUUUAGUCGCCUCUUACGACAUUCACGGGAAAUUUUUGUAUUAAUACUUCAAAUACAUCUAUCAAAUUUAAUUUUUUUGUCCUUUUGUAGCAUCUUGUCAUAAAAAAGUUACUGGUUUAGACGUUUCACUACAAAAAUGUGACUAACAUUUGUUAUUAUGUAAACAAAAGAAAUUCGGUCUUAUCAAAAAUAAAAGGUAUUUACUGUAUUAUUACUGUAUAAUUUAAUAAUUAUAAUUAAAUAAUAUGAUUUUCGGAGAAAAUUACAAAAAGAAAACUAUAUUAUAAUGUUAAUUUUCAUUAAAAUUAACUGUAUUUACUAUUAUAUAAAUAGUGUAAUAAAGUGUAGAAUAAAUAAAUAAAUAAAAAUUGUAACGUCGA